CAAUACUUUGCCCCCCGUUCCCUCCCUACCUACUUUAAUGCUAGCUAAGAUGGUGGUUUGAGCGUAAAUUGUCUCCACAAUACUAAGAAAAGGAAGCCGUCAAACAUCUUUAUAGCCUUUUAAUUAGACCAGAACAACACACCUACGGUUGUUUAAAGAGGCCGUUGAAAGAAAUUUUGACAUUUGAGAUACAUUAGCUCGCAGUCUCCGCCCAAUUUGGUGUGACUCCCUAGGAGUGGAAUUCUAAGCUAAAUACGGACAGGCCCUGUGCUCUGUGACCAGCUUUAACACUCACCCUCGCUGUGCCAUAGGAUGUCCCACAGCCCUGAAAUGAAGGACGACCCCAUGGAGUGCCCUCUGUGCAUGGAACCAUUGGAAAUUGAUGACGUCAACUUCUUCCCUUGCACCUGUGGCUACCAAAUCUGCCGCUUCUGUUGGCAUCGCAUCCGCACAGACGAGAAUGGCCUCUGCCCCGCCUGCAGAAAGCCGUAUCCAGAGGAUCCGGCUGUGUACAAGCCUUUGUCGCAAGAGGAGAUCCAAAGGAUAAAGAAUGAAAAGAAGCAGAAACAGAAUGAGAAGAAACAGAAGGUUACAGAAAAUCGCAAGCAUCUGGCCAGCGUCAGAGUGGUCCAGAGAAAUCUGGUGUUUGUGGUGGGGCUAUCACAGCGACUCGCCGACCCAGAGGUCUUAAAGCGACCAGAGUAUUUUGGGAGGUUCGGUAAAAUCCAUAAAGUGGUCAUCAACAAUAGCACAUCUUAUGCAGGUUCACAGGGGCCUAGCGCCAGCGCUUAUGUCACUUACAUCCGCUCUGAAGAUGCUCUAAGAGCAAUACAGUGUGUGAACAAUGUGGUUGUUGAUGGCAGAACACUCAAGGCUUCUUUAGGCACAACUAAGUACUGCAGUUACUUCCUUAAAAGUAUGCAGUGUCCCAAGCCUGAUUGUAUGUAUCUACAUGAGUUGGGGGAUGAAGCAGCUAGCUUUACUAAAGAGGAGAUGCAGGCGGGGAAACAUCAAGAGUAUGAGCAAAAACUCCUUCAAGACCUCUAUAAAAUUAACCCUAGCUUUCUACAACCUCCAGCAUGUGGAACAGAGAAGUUAAAGAGUAAACCCAGUUCCACACAGAGAACCAACAAUAGCAAUGGUAAAGAUGGGUGGCCAACGCUUUCAGGGCAUAACAAACUGGUCAAUGGGCUUUCAGAGGACCGCAAGUCCCCUCCGCUGCUAGACUAUCUAGACCAAGACGUUAUAACUUCAGAUGGGCUAGAUACAGAGCUGGGCCCUAGUCAGUGCACUGCCCUGUCCCCCUUCUCCUCCAACUGUGACAGUAACAGUCCCAGCGACAAACCUCCAGAGUCAGUUGGUAUGGUGAAUGGAGAGUCUUUACAACAGAUGCCCACCAGUGACUCCCCUUCCCCUCCCCCAGGUUUAACUAAGCCCAACCUGGUGGUGCCCAUCACCGUGUCAGACCUCACAGCUCGUUCGCCCUUCGAGGGUGCUGCAGCUGAGUCGCAGUCUCUCUUUUCAGACAACAGUAACUUCAGACAUCCUAACCCUCUCCCAGCUGGCCUGCCCCCCUUCCCCAGCUCCCCCCGCGGCAGUUCUGACUGGCCCAUGACCCCUGAACCACAGAGCCUCUUCACAUCAGACACAAUACCAGUGUCUUCUUCCACAGACUGGCAGGCGGCCUUUGGCUUUGGCUCGUCCAGCAAACAACAGGACGAUGACCUGGGCUUUGAUCCUUUUGACGUCACCCGCAAGGCUUUGGCUGACCUGAUAGAGAAGGAACUGUCGGUGCAAGAUCAGAGCCCCUCCUCCCCAGGGCCCCUCCCUCAAGGGAGCAACCAUGGCCUCAGCCUGCCACCCCUCAACCCUAACCCCAGCACUUCUCACCACUUCCCCAGUAGCCUGCCACGUCUCCCUCAGCUCCACCACAGAGCCAUCUACAGCUCCUUCAGUUUCCCUGGAAGUCAGAACAGCCAAGCCGGUCAGCAGCAGCCAGCUGCCAGACACCCCUGGAUGGGCGUCCCCACAAGAAAUAACCUCAUACACUUGAACCACUCAGCCAGUGCUGCCUCACACAGUAAUUUCCUGGACCUGAAUCUGCCCCCUCAGCACAACACAGGGCUGGGAGGCAUCCCCAUCUCAGAAAACAGUGGCUCUAUAGAUGGCUUAAAUAUGAAAGAGUGGCAGGAUGGCCUGAGAGCUCUCCUGCCAAACAUAAACAUCAACUUCGGGGGUCUCCCAAACUCCUCCUCGUCUUCAUCCUCCUCAUCCUCCAACAGUGUUAACCACAUUGGUGGACCAGCAGGCAUUUCACACAGCCUGAGCUGGGAUGGCACAGCCAGUUGGAUGGAUCCUGCUAUCAUCACAGGCAUCCCGGCCUCAACAGGCAGCAGUUUAGACUGUCUCCAGGAUGACAACCCGCCACACUGGCUCAAGUCCCUACAGGCACUCACAGAAAUGGAUGGCCCAGCCAGCUCAGCAAUGCCUACUCCCCAGCCCCUCCACAGUGGCCUACUGGACACCCAACUUCCCCCCCACCCCAGAGCCAUGGCCGCCGCGCCACAACGAUUUUAUUUUUGUCCUGAUAUUCUCAGUCAACGUUGCGCGUCCAAAUGGAGGCGCCUGGUGCUGUGCUUGGCCUUGGCGCGUUUUAGGAGGCUCCUGGUGCUGUGCUUUGCGCGUUUUAGGAGGCGCCUGGUGCUGUGUGUGGCGUGUUUUAGGAGGCACCUGGUGCUGUGUGUGGCGCGCUUUGGGGAGCGCCUGGUGCUGUGUUUGACCCUGACUAUAGACCUGUGCACCGUACUGUUUGGUGCUGAGACUCAGACUCGACCUGACCUGAUGAGACCCCCCUCAGCUGUGGGAAGCACAGUCAACUGCACUUACCUCCAACAGCAGUUGAAUGAACCUUUCUUCUGGAGUUAA